AUGAUUGACGGCGACGGAACGGAGAUCAGAAUUACUUGCUUCAAUGAAACUGCAAAGUUGCACCAUCAAAGUGUUCAAGUUGGAGCGUCCUACUUUAUCUCGAAAGCCUUGUUUAAAGAAGAAAACACAAGGUACAACAAGCUAAACAGUCGCCUAGAAAUUAAUUUGGACCAAGGUUCAAUUUUGAAAUGUUGUGAUGAUAGAAUUGUACCACCUAACAAGGUUUCAAACUUUACACCAAUAAGUGAGAUUGCCAAUUAUAGUAACUACACUUUGGUUAGUAUAAUUGGCAUUUUAGUUGAUAUUGGAAACACCGCAGUGUUCCAAAGAAAAUAUGCCACACAAGUAAUGCGUAGAACUUUGAAGAUUAAUGACAUAUCUAAUUUUUCUAUUGAUGUGAACCUUUGGGGUGAUGUGUGGCAAACUAUAGGUGACGAUCUACAAAAAAAACAUUGUAGUGGAGAGUUGAUUAUCAUUUCUAUUAUAAAUGGUUAUGUGGGUUACUUUAAUGGCAAAGUCAUUAGCAGCAUUGGUGGGAUAGUAUUGAAUGUUAAUCCCUCCAUCCCAGAAGCGCAGCCGCUUAUAGCUAGAGGGGAAUUAACAUCUCAUGUUGUCCUUUUUCCCUCUACGCCUGGACAACUCAAUACGCCAUAUACGAGAAAAACACUGGCCUUUGUUUUAGAGCAAUGCACUAUUCUUACAGAUGUUGUGGAAACGGUUAUUAGAGAAACCAUUCAGUUUAUCAAACCUAAUGCUUUUUGCUAUCCUGCUUGCCCCCUGACAGUGUAUGGAAAAGAGUGCAAGAAAAAAUGUAUACAACAAAAGACCAAUGAAUGGUUUUGUCCUAGAUGUCAAGAGAAAGUACCAAAAUGUACUUAUCGAUAUGUAUUGCAGGUGAAGAUUUAUGACCAUACUGACAACAUGUGGGUUACUAUUUUUGAUGAAGUGGCAUCAAAAAUAUUACAGAUCUCAACAAAAUAA